AUGAUGGCAACUCCGGAAGUUAGCGAAGACUUGGCCAAAGGCCCUCAAGUCGAUAUGCUCGACGAUCCCAUGAAGCCAAGUUCCGUUGAAGAUGACUUCAUCGAGGAUCGUGACCUGAAAGAGCGACGGUUACUGCGCAGGAUCGAUGUCCGGAUGAUGCCGUUGAUGAUGGUUCUCUAUAAGUCACCCCGACUAAUUGCAACGGCUCGACUCGGUGAUUUCGAAAAGGACAUCGGACUGGUUGAUACGCAAUACAACACAAUCAUCAGCGUGUUCUUUGUCGGUUACAUUCUGACACAAGUACCCACGAACAUGAUCUUGAACAAGAUGAGACCAACUGGAGCACUGUAUCUCUUCAGUUCCUGGUACACGAAAAAGGAGCUUGCGGUUCGCAUCUCUGUUCUCUAUGCCGCUGGUCAAAUGGCCGGUGCCUUUGGGGGGCUCCUCGGGAGCGCUAUCAUGGGCGGUAUGAACGGGAAGCUGGGACUGGCUGAUUGGAGAUGGCUCUUCAUCAUAGAAGGUGUCAUUCCUAUUCCCGUCGCAGUUUUCACAUAUUUCACCCUUCCCGAUUAUCCGGCCACAACAAAAUGGCUCACGGACGAAGAGCGAAAGCUUGCCAUUCUCCGCAUUACCGAAGAGGCGGUUGAGAAAGAUGAUCGGAGUGAGGCAUCCGGGUGGCAGGGCCUCAAGAUGAGCUUCACCGAUCCAGCUUUGUACUUGAUUUGGCUCAUGCAGCUGGGUCUCAACACCGCCGCAUCCUUCACCAACUUUUUCCCUACCAUCGUGGCGACACUUGGGUACAAUCAACGCAAUACCCUGCUCUUGUCGUCUCCUCCAUACGUCUUCGCUGCCAUCCUCGGCAUCACGAAUUCAUGGCACAGUGACAAACAUCGCGAACGAUGGCUGCACAUCGUCUGGCCUCAGAUUUUCUGCAGCAUAGGCUUCAUAAUCUCAGCCACCACUCUCAACGUCGCCGCGCGGUAUACGGCCACGUUCAUGAUGAUGAGCGUCUAUGGGUCGUUUGGUUGCAUCCUCUCCUGGGUCUCUACGACUCUGCCCCGACCAGCUACCAAACGAGCUGUAUCUUAUGCCAUUGUCAAUGCUGGAUCUAACCUGGCUUCGAUAUAUGCUAGCUACCUUUACCCAAAGUCUCACGGUCCACAAUACUGGCAGGCCAACAUCCUCAACGUAGCCUUUUCCGCCAUGUGCAUCCUGCUUGCCACGUCGUUGCACUUCUACCUCCGCUGGCGCAACAGGAAGCUUCGACAAGCCGGCGAUGAGGACUUACGACUCGAAGGCACCCGGGAAGGCUCGCGUUCAAAGGCUCUGGGUGAGCGGUGGCAGUGUCACCCUGUGUAUCAGUAUACUCUCUGA